UCAAGGAUGAGGGGGUUUCCUGAAAUUUCUAGUUUCUGACGUGUCUCUGGAACGUUGUAUAUGAGCCAAUGGCUGGAUGACAUAAACGUUGAACUUUGUUCUUGCAAUAACCAGUAUGGUGGCAAUAGUGACUAAACGGAUAUGUCCAAUGACCAUAGGAGUUGAGACUGGUCAAGACCUGAAAGCUGAUGCAUAAAAGUUAUAUAAGCGAAUGCGCGACGAUCGACGUUUCAUUUGUAGCAGUGUACGCAAUCACACUACAUUCGCUACUCAGCGGUCAGCUCAACGCGACACGCAAAAUCCUCGUUCAGACGUUCAGUGUGAAGUAGGCAGCUCCAAAGUAAACCGUUGACGCAGUGCCAGCUGCCAAUAAAUAACAAUCCGUGACAAUUCAAAGGCAAGAAUUUUCUUCAUUAAAAAUUGUUGAGAAAGAUGGACUGGCUGGGAAAUUUGACCAACGAUUCGGCAGUUCUUCGUAAUAUCUUAGGGCUGGAUGCUAAGCCAAACAAAGUCUUAGAAGUUAAACCUGAGCAAUAUGAAAAUCGUACAGUAUUGUCUCGACAAGGGAAGAUCUAUUUAUAUGGACCGGACAACCAGCGGAAGGAAAAGUAUGAAAUAGUUCUGGUUGGAAGUUGCACCAAGAACCCUGACCAGCUUUACAGUAUAUUUCGCUCAAAUACUUUGGAACCUGCAGAGAAGCUCUUCUCAGUCUUCAAAGACAAGGUUCCUGUCCUGGUUCAAAUCUCUAAAGAUCUGUGCAGCACGAGUGGGAUCGGUAAGCUGUGUGAUCUCCUGACAAAUCAUCCGACAUGGACCUUGGCUCACUUAGCGGCACAUCUUUCACUUUAUGACGCCUUUGUCUAUGCAGCCGUAAAUAGCCAUGUAAACACCAGUGAUCAGACAUCAGGAGUGUCGCCUCUCCAAAUCGCAAUACAAGCAAACAACUUAAAGAUGGUUCAGUUGCUUAUGGCAGCUAAGAGUUCCCUGGACCAUUUGGACCACAACGCAAACACUGUCUAUCAUUACGCGGUGCAUGCAAGUGCAGAGAUAAUUAUGGCCCUUGGUCCAAGUGCGCAAAACAGCCUCAAUGCCAGAAACAGUAGUGGACACACACCUUUGCACGUUGCCUGCCAUGCCAAUAAACCAGAGUCUGUUAAGGCUCUGCUUUUAAUCGGGGCUGAUGUUAAUAUUCCUCCAGUUGAGAGCAAACCAACAACUCCUGGUUACGUGGGUGAUUUCCUACGCGAAAAGCCGGAUGCCCUAAAUUCGGAUGAAAUGAAAUACGGUGGAACUCCGUUACACUGGUCCACCAGUAAAGAAACGAUCAACGCCUUGAUAGAGCAGAAUUGCGACGUCGAUGUUGUCAACUUUGAUGGAAGAACCGCCCUGCACAUUAUGGUAAUGAAAAAAAAGCUAGAGUGCGUCGUCGCUCUGCUGACACGAAUGGCGUCUGUGGAUAUCGUUGACAAGGAUGGAAACACUCCGUUGCAUCACGCCGUAGUUCACGCUGUUCCAGUCAUAGUUCAAGCACUCAUUGGAUUUGGCGCGGACGUCAACAUAGCAAAUCACAAAGGGGAAACACCCAGGCAUCUCGUUCAAAUAAAUGAUAACGCUGACAGAAAAAAGAUUCUUUACAUGUUACAUGCUGUUGGAGCACGGCGAUGUCCUCCUGAGAUGGAAGGAUGCCACAUAGGCUGCAAUCACAAUGAAAACUUCAACGGCGAAGCGCCACCUGAGGUUUCCUCAGCAGCUUCUAGAGCAGUCUUAGAUCAAGUUCUAUCUACUGCGAGUGCAAAAAAGCAGGCUUCGGAGGGCAAGCGUAAACUUGACGGUGGACGUCUGUUGUGCCUUGAUGGUGGCGGCAUUCGUGGGCUGGUCUUGGUGCAAAUCUUGUUAGAAAUCGAAUCUGUGAUCAAAAAACCAAUUGUUGAAUGUUUCGACUGGAUUGCUGGGACUUCAACGGGUGGUAUUUUAGCUCUAGGUCUAGCAGUGGGCAAGAGUUUGAAAGAAUGCGUAGCGAUAUACUUUGAUGUCAAGGAUAAAGCUUUCGUAGGCAACAGACCCUACGACAGUGAAGGCUUGGAGACCAUUUUAAAAAAUGCGGUCGGUACUGAAACAGUAAUGGCUCAAAUUAAACACCCAAAAUUGAUGAUAACUGGGGUGUUGGCGGACAGAAUGCCAGUGGAUCUGCAUUUGUUCAGAAAUUACGAAUCUCCGAACACCCUGCUCGGUGUUCCACCUAGUGGAAAGUUCAUGGAAACACUCCCUCCAGAGCGUCAGCUCGUUUGGCGAGCUGCUAGAGCCACGGGAGCAGCUCCUUCAUACUUCAGAGCUUUUGGAAAGUUUCUUGACGGAGGAUUAAUAGCGAAUAAUCCUACACUGGAUGCUCUCACAGAAAUAAAUGAGUACAAUCUGGCACUUGAAGCUGUUGGAAGAACAGACAAAGUGAAACCCAUUUCUCUUGUCGUCUCACUGGGCACUGGUCUCAUUCCAGUACGAAAGCUUGAGAAUAUUGACGUCUUCAUACCGGAAAGUCUUUGGGACACACCGAAAGUUGCCAAAGGCUUAAGUGCGUUGGGAACUCUGUUGGUCGAUCAAGCCACGGCAAGUGAUGGUCGCCUUGUCGAUCGUGCAAAAUCAUGGUGCUCGAUGAUCGGUGUCCCUUAUUUCCGAUUCAAUCCUCAAAUGUCCGAGGAAAUAUCGAUGGAUGAAAAGAGCGAUGAGAAGAUUGUUCAAAUGAUGUGGGACGUCAAGGCAUUCAUGUACGCUCAUCAGGAUGAAGUAAAGAAACUGGCUGCUAUAUUAGAGGAUCAGUGAAGAUUAUUUGUUCCACUAAAACAACUAAAUUUUGAGUCUUAAUUUUAGUCAGAACACAUCGCAUGCAACAAGCUUACUUAAAUGAGAGACUACUUAACUCACUUCUGAUUUUCAUAGUUAUCAUUUUUACACAACUUCACUGCGCAUCCUAAGUGACCUUAUUGACUUUAAUAGGUGACAAAUAACUAAACUGUUUUGGUAGUCACUCAGUCUUCUUUUUUGUAGAAUUUUUUCAGAGUCUUUGAUAACUUUUGAAGUAUACUUCGUCGUAUUAUUAAUAUUGAAACUCGGUUCAAAAGAAUUUUAAUCUAAUAUAAUAAUUUAUCAUUUUUGAAAUUGAUUGAUUUAUUCUGUUCCACUAUACCGCAUUUAUUUUCUAGUCCUAUUUCAUAAGAACAGUAUGAUUUAAUCCAUGAUAAAGAAAUUCACUAUAGAUCGAGAGAAAAGUGGUUCUUAAUACAAUGCUGGAUUUUCUUUAAUCAGAGGCUGUGAAAAUCAAUUUUUUAAAGUUUUACUACAUUGCCGUUUUCUGCAGAGUUGCAAAUAGCUCUUGGGUAGCAAGCUCAAUUCACAAUCUUUUUGGGGUGUAUAUGUAGUGUCAAUUUUUAUAAUAAUCAUUUAACGGUUUAGACAAAGUUCCAAGUGUGUAGGAAUACGUUACAUGAAUACAUUUUGUAUGAUAUUGGCAGCCACAAAAUUCAAUAUAUCUCCGUACCGCAAUUUCUCAACAUAUACAUACACUCGACCUUAUUCUCAUAAUACAAUAACAUACUAAUUUUCAUUCUGUUACAAAUGGCCAAGAAUGACAUAAUUGAGAUUAAUGAAAAGAUGAUUACUUUAUUAUGCACCAGACUUACGUCCCGUGCAGAAACCGUGAUACAUACGAGCAAGUACAAUUAGCAAGUAAGUGUAAUUGUAAGAAUUCAACACAACGAAAACUUGAAAAGGCUUUUUUAUUAACUGUAUUUUAAGUCAAUAGUUUAAGGAAUCAAUUAUAUUUACUAAAGUUCAUUAACAAUUGAAUGUUUUGUAAGAAAUUUCUAUCAAAAAAUUUCGCUAUACCGUGAAUAAAUUUAUGAGAAUAUUAAAACAAAAAUUGUUCAAAUGAAUUAUAAGUCAAACCUGCAAGUAUGAUAUUCUAGUCUGGAACAUCAAGAUAAAGACGAUAUCUCGAUUACAAAUGCUUCCGUUUAGAUGCUGUCAUACGUGCGUACCUGAAAAGUAAAAAAUAACAAACAAGUUGGACUUUUUUUGGUCGGAGGUUGAUCAUGCAGCCAUUUUUGCUCAAUCUUAAAAAAGCCAACCAAAUCUUGCAAUCAUUGAGACUAGAGUACAGGAAUCUGAUCUCUAUUGG